GGCUUGUUAUUUCGGUUUAAUUAACAUAACGCGAUGAUGAUUUUGUAACGCGAUGACGAAAAUCAGUAAAAUGCGCUCUCUUUUUUCCUAUCGAAAUCUUAUUGAUGAUUGACAAAUAUGAGCAGAACCACCUUUUCUUAGAACAAAGAAGAGAUUUCGCAUACUUUGAGCUAGGUCCUAUUUGACGGAAGUAUUGAUAUUACAACUCGAUUUUUCAAUUUUCUGGCACUAGAGUUGACGCGUUACGAAUUUUUGCCGAUGUAUAUCUUCUAAAAGGGGAGACUUGGGGGCAUCUUUCUAUGGUAAAAAUUUGAUUUCGACUGUUUUCUACAAAAAGGGUUUUCUAAGGGAGCUCAGGACGAUCAUUUCGGUCGUCGAAACGGCAGCGUAAACGGCCUGAAACAGCUAUAAAAUGGCCAUCAUUUUUCACACUAUUUUCGCCGUUUUUCAACGUUUUAUAUCAUUUUUACGCCGCUUACGGUCGUUUAACGGGCCGUUUUCUUGAACUUAGGAGGGGCCUCCCUUAAGCCUUUAUACUUAUCAGUUCUUGAGUUUUGUAUUGAAGUUUCUUACAAGUUUGCAGCACGUUAUGUUCCAGAAUAUUACUGUUAUUGAAACUAGCGAAGGUUGGUUUUCUCUUCUUUUGUAAUAUGCAGUGUACUAUAGCAUUGCCCAAGAAACUUUUCAAGUGAUGGCACGUGGUUAGAUCUACCACAACAUUUUUACAAAACUAUCUGAAUUGAAACAAGCUGUUAUCAAACUCAUUUAGUCUACAAUAAAAUGUCGCCCUUGAAAAAAAUCAACACAAACGAUCGCCAAAGCCUUUACAGAGUCCAUUAGCUCGGAUGUGACCUCUGUAAAUAAUUGAACUUUUAAAAACUGUAUGUUUUACUAAGAAUUUAGAGAACUGAAUUACCUUAAACAGUUCAUGAUUUUUAGAAGGGAAUAUCUAUUAGUGAAUAUGAGAUCCAUAUACAAAUGAAAAUUAAGACGAAAAACAAUCGUUCAUUUUCUGAGAAAUUCAAUAAACCAAUGGUCAUUCUGGGAGAAUGGGCUAAAAGGAUGUAUUUUUUCUGCUUCUUCAUAUUUCAUCAAUAUUUCUAUUUCUGACCAAAGAUAAAAUCAAUGUAGAUCAGCAUAUGGAUAUAUUUUUUCAUUUGUGACGUCGCAUGUAAAUUCCUUGAACAACACGAUUUUAUCCAGUGUCAAAGCUCCCUUCAUCUAAUGUACGCAAUCUCUCGUGUCUCGGUUUUGUAGCAUACAGUAUUUUACAUUAGAUUAGAGUGAAUCUAUCGGACUCUUUCCCAUUUAUCCCUUUUCGAAUGCUAGAAUGUGAUAAAAACAAACACUCCGUGUAAUUUACUCGUUCUUCCAUUAAGAAAAACAGAGAAUAUUGUGCAGCAAACAUAAACAACAGUCUGGUGUUAGAAUUAAUCAAUGAUUUUCUUUUUACACAUAGUUAUGCUAGAAUCAUCAGUGAAUGAAGAAGAAGCGGCAACUCAACGUGUACCUCCUACUACACUCUCACUUCAAUCGAUUUUUGCAUCGAAUGAAAAUGAAAAUAUAGAAGGAAUAACAUGGAUAUGCUAUUUUCGUGCAUUCAAACAAGUUCUCUUAAAAACAAAAUAUCAUAAUGAUAUAGCAAAAAAUGAAAUGAUCGAAAUAUGUCGAAAUUAUUAUCGAAAAAAUAAGAAAGAAUUAUUAAAUAUUGAUCAAUUUGAACAAACAUAUAAAUCAGAAGAUGCUAUUUAUUGGUACACAAAACAAGCAUUUGUUUAUCGCUUAGUUAAUAAAGCAUUAAGAAUAGAAUAUUAUGAAGCUAUAUAUGAAGAGUUUAAAGAACAAAAUGGAAACUCCAAUAUUAUUUUAUCAUAUCGAGGACUAAAAUUAUCUUCUGCAGAAAUUAAUAAUCUUAAAUAUAUUGGUCAGACUAUUGCGACUAAUGGAUUUUUAUCAACUAGUCGAUCAAGAGAUGUUGCUUAUACAUUUGCUAGGAAAGGUACAAAACGUUCCGAGGUUGAGACAGUUAUACUUGAGAUUAGUUGUGACAUGACAAAACUAACAGUACCAUUCAUUGAUAUUGCUCAAUUUAGUGAUUAUCCCGAAGAACAAAAAAUUCUCUUCGAUUUAGGUCCAUCAUUUACUAUAAAUUCUACUCAUUAUGAUAUUGAUCAAAAGAUAUGGUUUGUUAAAUUAACAGCUGUAUCAGAGAUACAAUUGAGCAAAUAUACACAAGUUUUACUCGAAAAAUACAGAUUAGAAAAAUAUAUGAACAUAUUACUUGGAAAACUAUUGUAUAAAAUGGAACAGUAUAGUGUUUGUCGAAAGUCUUUUGAAAAACUAUUCGAUUUCUAUGGUAACGAAGAAUACGAAAAAUUAGCUGAAAUCUAUGAGUUUAUUGGACAAGCGUAUGCAAACGAAUAUGAUUAUGACAAAGCCAUUGUUAAUUAUACAAAGGCUUACGGUUAUUAUAGUAAGUCGAGUCAAUUUCAACAUGCUGCUAAAAUAACGAACUUUAUUGGCGAUAUGUAUCUUGAAAACAAUGACAAAGAAAAUGCACGAUUUUAUUGUACUAAAUCACACGAUAUGUGGAAAGAACUACCAAUCUAUACAUCAGAAAAUUCUCAUUGUCUAUUUGCUAAUCUAAUCAAGUUAUAUGGACGUUUAGAAGACAGCAAACAAAUUGCACGUGAUUAUUUCUUGAAAGCUUUGAGAAUAUAUGAGAAUUCAUUUCAAAUGUGUAAUCAUACUGAACAUGAUCAAAGUAUUGCACAACUCUGUGAAUAUAUAGCUGAUGGAUAUCAUCAAGAAGAUGAUGAUAAUAAUGCAUAUCAAUAUAUUAUGAAAAGUGUAACCAUAAGAAGAGAGUAUGCUUCAUCAACCAAAGAUCGUUCAGAUUUGUUUAACUGCUUGGAGAUGUGUCGCAACAUCUACGCAAAAACCCAUAAUAGUUUUUCGUCAGUGCUUAAAUAUGAAUGGUUAGAUUUAUUUAACUCUGAUGUUACUCGCUUAUUUCACCAUUGCAAAGACCUACUUGAUGCAAGAGAUGAAAUACAAAAAUCUCUAGAUUUUCAUCUUAUUCCGAAAGAAAUCCACGCAGCUAAAAGACUAGAACAUUCACUAAAAAGAUUGAAAUUCAUCUUGAAAACAGAUCCAGAAAAUGAUGAAGAAAUUAUUCAAGUACAUUGUCAAGUUGGAGAUGAGUAUAAAAUCACUCAAGAUUAUAAUUGGUCAAUUCAACAUUACAAAAAAGUUUCAGAAAUCUAUCAAACAAAUGCAUUGAAUAAUUCCAAACUGAUUUUGCCACUUUUUAAAGCUUUAGCCAACAUCAACUUAAAGAAAAAUGAUUUCGACAAUGCAGUCUAUUUUCAAAUGCAACUAUCAGAAAUUGAUGAAGGGUCAUAUCAUUUCACAGAGAAACAAAGAGAAGCACAAUGUUAUUUUAAUCUUAGUAACAAACUGUUUGAGACCAAUUUUGAUAAAACAGUUGAAUUUAUGAAUAGAUGUUUAGAGAUUCGACUACAAAUUUUCCCAGAAGAUCAUGUUGCAAUUGGUGAUUGUCAUGAAAAUAUUGGUUCUGCUUACGCCAAGAAGUCAAUGUUUGAUGAAGCAACAAAACACUUUAAGAAGGCAAUUGAGAUAUAUGAAACACAUUUAUUCGAUGAAGAAAUAUAUCAAUUCGAUCUAAGAAAACCUUAUGGGCGAUGUCUUGAUGAUAUUACUGACAUCUAUUUGAAGCAAAAUAAUUAUGACAAUGCAUUCUAUUUUCAAAUGAAACUAAGAAAAAUCGAAGAAAAGUCAUGUUUUGUAACAGAGAAAGAAAGAGAAGCACAAUGUUAUUACGAUUUUGGAUCCAAACUUACGGCUACGAAUUCUGACAAAGCACUUGAAUUUAUCAACAAAUCAUUAAGAAUUUGA